GCAUAGCCUCAGGACCUGCACCCAAGGAGCCGAGUCCUCCUCCUCCUCCUUGUCCUCCAAGUCCUCCUCGUGGUUGGCCAUGACACCAGGGCUGUGUCUUGCAUGCAAUAAAUCUUGGUUAUCCUGAGGCCUACCUGGUCCAGUGCUGCACACAGCAUCCUUUCCGGUCGCUCAAACCAAGCGACUCCCAUGGCCUUGAAAUUCAUCUCUGGGUGGUUGACACCCCAGCAUUCGAACACAGAUCUCAUAGAACCUGUUAUCAAUGUUGAACCUGGCGCAGUCCCUCAAGAUUGUGAUGCGGAAGAAGAGGAUGACAUUUGCUGGUUUUUGGGGAAAAUCAUAUUUUAUUACUGUUUGGCUGUCAGUGUUAUAAAGAUCAUCUAUCUUGCCAUAGACAGGAUCAGGAUGCAAAAAUGUGAUUUGAUAUCGUGCAAAAUCGUGAAAAGUGCAAAAGGUUGCCGGGAGUGCGACUGUGAGUGUCACAUCAAAUCCAACGUAUGCAGUUUCUUAAGAAAACUGUUUGGAGGGAAAGCGUGCGUCUGCAGGGAGGUUCCAGCUUCCUACCGUUCUCUCAAGAAAGCCCUGAAGAAGUGCCUCUCCAGAUUCAGCCAGCAAACCUUCCGCACCAGUGACUCCUCCGACUCGGAGACCUUCGUGUCCCAGGUGUCCUCCUGGAAGGGAUCGAAGACGCGGACAGAGAAGAGCCGCAGUGUCUCCAGCCAGAGGUCAAAAAGGGCAAAGAAGAGAUCGAAGAGUCCAGAGGAAGGCUGGAUCCGGGCCCAGCCUUGCGCCCACUGCAAAGCCAAGCGGACCAGAGAAUGGCUGGCUCAGCAUUUCUUUGACCAGGAUUAGUCCAAAAGGAUGAGAGCAAUGGCAGCAGGUCGCCCCACUUUCAGACCUUUCCCACACUACCACAAUUGUGGCUCCUUCAUACACCAUCCUGGCAUUUGUAGUUUGGCAGGGCACAAAUAGAGCCUUCUGGCAAGAAAAUUCUUCUUUCUUUCUUUAAAUUUUGAUAAGUUUAUUUUCCUAAAAGUUAAGAAUAGUAAAAUAUCAAAAACCAUGUACAUCUCAGACGUUUAUACAAAAAGAAAAGACCAAGAAAAAAACUGUAAAAAGAAGGGAAAACAACUAAAUACGCUUAAAAAAAGAAAAAAUAAUUAGCAUCUCUCUUUAGUAAAAAAAUGCUUCAUUUAUAGAUAUGCAUCUUGAUAUACAAUCUUUCCAUUAAGAUUUGACUUUCUUCCACAUGCUUAACAGAGCCCAUCUCACCACAUGAAUUUUAAGUGCUCCUUGCCAAACUACAGAUCCCAUGACUCUGUCGGAGGAAACCAAGCAGGAGCAAAGCGUGGAAGAGACAACAAACUGCAUAGGUGUUUUGCUCUACUCUAGUGACAACUAUGUUGUGUCGAGUCCAGGGGUGCCCCACAAGUAACCAGACAAUCUGAAACACGCCGGAGUGAGUGAGUGUUGAAAGUGCUGACAUUUAAAAUAAAAAUCUGGAUUUUGGAAUGCCAUGGCUUUCAUAGAAUCCUAGAGUUGGAAGAGACCACAAGGGCCAUGCAGGAAGACAAAAGGCACAGUAGAGAAGGGCCCUGUGGCCUAUCGCUUUUAAAAUUAA